AUGUCUGACUCGGGCCGCAAAGACUUCUCUACCAAGGCCAAGGAGGAACUCACUCCUGACUCCAUGAAGUCCACACAGGACAAGGCUAAGGAAGCUACCACCGACACGACGGAUCGCGUCGCACGGGGAUUCCAAUCUGACGACAGCAAGUCGGGACCCCAGGAGGCAUUCGACAAGACCCAGCGUGGUCAUGACAACAAGGAGCAUGGCGGUGCUACUGAGUCUGUAGGCGACAAGGUCAAGGGUGCCUUGGGUAUUGGGAAAUAG